CUGACUCAAGCAGCCUUCUGCAGUUGGUUAAGUGAUCUCUCUGAUCAGGAGUGUUCCUAACCUUGUGGCUGCUACAUUGGGCAACAAAGCUGAUGAAGGGUCUGGAGAGUAUCUUAUGAGGAACUGGGGUUGUUUAGACUGGAGAAAAGGAGGCCUAAGGAGACCUUAUUACCCCCUACAACUACCUGGAAGGAGAUUGUUAGGAGACAACAGGCUGCCAGAAUCAGCCCAUACCCUGGAUGUGGAUGCUUUACAGAAACUUCUUCAUUUGCUCCAGGCCACAGAUGAUCCAUUAAUUCAGGAGCAAGCUUUAAUCACUCUCGGCAACAGUGCGGCCUUCUCUGUAAAUCAAAAUAUAAUUCGAAAUUUGAAUGGACUUUCUAUUAUUGGAGGGAUGCUCUACAAUUGUGCCCCCAGCGUUAAAGAAAAAGCACUAAAUGCACUUAAUAACUUGAGUAUGAAUAUUAAAAACCAGGAAGUGAUACAGGUAUAUAUCACACAAGUUUGUAAGAACGUUGAGUCGGCUCCCCUGAACUCUGGUCUGCAGCUGGCUGGACUCAGAUUGUUGACAAACAUGUCUGUUACCAAUGACUACCACCACAAGAUGGUUGAUUUCAUUCCGUGCUUUCUUCAUUUGCUUUCAGCAGGAACUGAAAGGACACAGAUUCAGGUUUUGAAAGUGCUUGUGAACUUAUCUGCAAAUGCAGCCAUGACAAGACAUCUUCUCAGAGCUGAAGUGCCAUCACUGCUGUUGCUGUUUGACAGCUGCAUGAACAGAGAGAUUCUGCUCAGAACCCUGACCUUUGCAGCAAAUGUGAAAGGGAAGGUGAACAAUGGAGAAGGCAACACAAUCCAAGACCAGUACAGCAAGGAUUCAGUUUUUGUUACACUUUGCAGAGACUCUACCCCAUUUGCUCAGAAACUGGCAGCUUUAUUGCAUCACCCUGAUAGAGAGGUGAAAGAGCAAGUGGUGAGAAUAUUAACACAAUAGUGGAUUUUAAAAAAUAAAAGCCAUGCUACAACCCCUCCAAUAAGCAAACAACAUUACCGUUACUAGGCGCAAAUCAGUUACUACAAAGAGAAUGCAAUGCACUUAAUACAGAGAACAUAACAGUAUUUUUUACAAGCCAGGUACAAGCAAUAGCUUCAUUAGUACUGAGAAACCCCUGUACAGCUGAUAACCUGGACACAGAGGCGAAGGAAAGGGUUAGAGCAUGGCAGCUUUGACAUGCGCGGUAAGCUUUUUAAUGGACAAGUGAAGUAAACUGAAAUAGUUUUCUUAAUGUAAUAAAAAGAUUUAUCUUCCUUUAAAUACAUCUAUUGAAUAAAUACCUCUGCAGAGUGGUGCAUUAAAAUGUAGCCAUUAGAGAUUAGGCAUUUCCAUUUUAUUAAUACCUACUACCUGGGUGCAGGCAAAUCUUAGAAAACAUUCAAUAAAAACAUGACUAAAAUCUUA